CUCACUUCUUGCCCAAAACGAUAACGCCCCAAAAACAAAUCAGAGAACCAGACAACAAAAUGAUCAAAACCCAACCACACCUCAUGAACACCCUCUUCCUAGUACUACUUUUGUUGCAUACCCAAAUCAAAAUCUCUUAUGGGUCUUCAAUGCUGAACCUGAAUUCACCAAAAACCUUCGAAUUUGAUGUAAUGGUGAAGAGGGUAUCUGUCGGAAAGAUCGGUGAAUCCAUAGAAAUGGUAGCAGAGGAGGAGGAGAUGGAUUCAGAGAGCAAUAGGAGAGUGUUGAUUAUGCAGAAGAGGUAUAUAAGCUAUGAUACACUGAAGAGAGAUAUGGUUCCAUGUUAUAAACCUGGGGCUUCUUAUUACAACUGCAAGAAUGCUGGUGAGGCUAACUCUUACAACAGAGGUUGUGAGGUCAUUACAAGGUGCAGGGGUGUGAGUGACAUCAAUUCUUGAUUGGCAGUGGUAGCAACAGCAUUGUGAUGAAAUGGGAUUGGUGAAGCUUAAUUGUAUUUUUUUUUUCCUGUGUUUCAUGUUAUUCUUCUGGAGGUCUUUUACUUAGGGUUGUAUAUUUAUUAAGGCAGGUAUUCCAUUUCUCAUAUAAACGUAAUUUUAGUUUAUUUUGGGGGAUGUCUAGACUGAGUCUAAAUGUGGGUGCAUGGAAUACUGAUUAGAUGCCUCUUAGAUUUUGGGCAUGAUGAAGUUCACACUAAUUGGACUUUGAGGGCAAUUUCCAGUUAUCUGAAUUUUCACUUUUCUAUGUUUAUCUUGUUAUGG